GUCCCUACUCAACUUUCGUCUACGAUGGCACACCAGGUCAAGGAGAUCCCCACGAAGCCCUACGACGGUCAAAAGCCCGGCACAUCCGGUCUGCGCAAGAGGGUGAAGGUCUUCCAGCAGGAGCACUAUACCGAGAACUUCAUCCAAGCCAUCUUCGACGCCGUACCUCCACAAGGCGCGACGCUCGUCGUCGGUGGUGACGGGCGCUUUUUUCUGAAGGAAACCAUUGCCAACAUCCUCAAGAUUGGCUCUGCGAACGGCGUUAAGAAGUUCAUCAUCGGCCAGAACGGCAUCCUCUCCACGCCCGCCGGAUCGCAUGUCAUCCGCAAGCGCAAGGCGAACGGCGGCAUCCUGCUGACUGCCAGCCACAACCCCGGUGGACCAGACAACGACUUCGGUAUCAAAUACAACAUGUCCAACGGUGGUCCGGCUCCGGAGGGUGUGACUAACAAGAUCUUCGAGAAGACCAAGACCAUCUCGCAUUAUAAAGUCCUAGAGGCUCCUCAGGUUGAUGUUUCGAAGAUCGGAUCCUUCUCAUAUGGACCUUCAGAAGUCGAGAUUAUCGAUCCCGUCUCUGAUUACCUCGAGUACCUCCAGGAAAUCUUCGACUUCCCUCUCAUGAAGAACUUCCUGCACAACUCUCCCCAAGCCGCCUCGUUCAAGGUCCUCUUCGACGGCAUGCACGGCGUCACCGGGCCCUACGCCAAAGCCAUCCUCCUCGGCGCUCUCGGCCUCCCGGAGAGCUCCGUCCAGAACUGCGAACCCCUGCCCGAUUUCGGCGGAGGACACCCUGACCCCAACUUGAUCUACGCGCACACUCUCGUGGAGGCCGUCGAGAGCGCGCAUAUCCCGUUCGGUGCGGCCAGCGAUGGUGAUGGCGACCGGAACAUGAUCUACGGCGCCGGUGCGUUCGUGACCCCCGGUGACUCCGUUGCGAUCAUCGCCGAGUACGCGUCGGAGGCGAUCCCGUACUUCAAGAAGGGCGGCGUCAAGGGUCUCGCACGUAGCAUGCCUACCAGCGGUGCCAUUGACCUCGUAGCCAAGGACAAGGGCGUCGAGUGCUUCGAAGUUCCGACCGGUUGGAAGUUCUUCGGCAACCUCAUGGAUGCCGGGCGCCUAUCCAUCUGCGGCGAGGAGUCUUUCGGAACCGGCUCGGACCACGUCCGCGAGAAGGACGGCGUUUGGGCUAUCAUCGCCUGGCUCAACAUCCUCGCCUACGUCAACGAGUCUCAGACGAAGGUGCAGGGCGGCGCGCCGGCCGUGAUUGGCAUCAAGCAGCUGCUCGAGAAACACUACGCCAAGUACGGCCGCAACUUCUUCUCGCGGUACGACUACGAGGAGGUUAGCUCCGAGGGCGCGGCCAAGCUCGUCGAUAAGAUCAACGCGCACAUCUCGAGCGGCGAUCUCAAGGGGAAGAAAUUUACGAGCCCGAGUACCGGCACCGAGUUCGUUGUCAAGGAGGCGUUUAACUUUGACUACACGGACCCGAUCGACCAUAGCGUGAGCAAGAACCAGGGACAGGUCGUCCGGUUCGAGGAUGGCAGCCGGAUCGUCUGGCGGUUGAGCGGAACGGGAAGCCAGGGCGCCACUGUGCGCAUGUAUGUGGAGCGCUACGUGCCUGCCUCUGCUGGCCCCGCUGAGCUCCAACGGGAUACUGCCGAUGGCCUCAAGGCUUUGAUUGAGGUCGCUCUCGAGAUUAGCAGCCUCAAGGAGUUCUUGGGCCGCGACAAGCCGACCGUCAUCACUUAAUUCGUGGAACGACACGGGGUAAUUCGGAUAUAAAGUGUACCAUAAUCUCCUAUACUUGUGGAUCUCAGUAGCAUACGGCAUAUCUGCUUUGCGCCGAUUUGGGCCGCAGGAGCUUUGAGGAGUUCACAUGUCACGCUGUCACAAUACGCGUUCAUCCGUUCCACGCAUCACGAAUGAAGAGAUGACGACCCG